UUUUACAGUUCGUAGCUUGCUGCAGAUAAAUGAAUAUGGUUGAAGAAAGCUAUUUCUUUUAUUAUACGUCAAUGAAUCCCACAAAAAGAAGAGAAUGGAUAAAAAAAUUGGGGGCCAAUAUGCAAAUAUAUAUAAUUGGAGAACAUUAUUUUCAUCCAGAAAUCGUGCUUUGGCAGAUUGUACAGAAAAAAAGAGAAGAGAUUGUACCACAAUGCUGUGACCCUGACUUCUGCCGGCAAUAUCUCCGUCACGCAGAAGAAUUGGGAAGUAAUUCAGCUUCCCCAAAAUCAACGUGCGUCUAGCAUCACUUGAAGAAUUUAUUUCAUUUGGGCGUUGGAUUGCUGAGAUUUGUUUGACAUGUCAACGAAUCAGAACCCCAGCCCGAACAGCAAUGCGGCUCCAAUCUUGCUUCCGGAGAUCGGGCCUGAUGGCCUGGCCCGAGAAUCUCCUAUCAUAGCUUACACCGAGAAGAUAAUUGAGGAAGAGCAGCUUCAGUUGAGGAAGUACAUUGAAGAAAACUAUUCUAAGAUUCGUGAUGUUGAACGAGAACUUGCGAACCUCUCAAUGGAAAUGAAGCUUACGGCCGGUCCAAAGAAGGCUGCACUUGAACACCUACGGAAGAAAAUAGAAAUGUCAACAGAGAGAAUUCGCUUGGCUAAGGUGAAAGAAGAACAAGCUAAAAAGGCCUGGGAAGCAGCAGCGAAAGAUGUGCAGGAUGAGGAAGCAAUCAAACAGAAGCUUUGUGACGAUCUAAAUAGUCUGGUCCAGGAAAGUAGCAACAGCCAGCUUGCUAGACUGGAGGAACUGAAGCGCCGUAUGGAGUCUCUGAACCCAAGCAGAUCUUCCAAUACACAUGCACCCUCAGAGGGAAAUCAAAGACUGCCACAGGGUAGUACAGUUGAAGUUUCUUCUGCUGCUCCAAGUACAUCGGGACCACCCACUGGAGCUAUAGGAAUCAUAUCUACUGAAGUUAAAACAGAGAACUCCGCGAUAACUGAGCAAACCCGACAGCCUUCUAGCGACAGCGAGGGAAGAGGGAAGAAGAAAAGUUCAAAUCAAGGAAGAGUAAGGGGAAUAGGAGCAGUACCUAAGGGAAGAGGGCAUGCAGCACCUGGUUGGACUGGAGCUGGUUUUGAUGUGGAUGGCAGAGCUUGAGAGUGAACAAUCCUUACCAACUUGUGGCUCUCGGCCAUUUUCUAAAUUCAUUUCUUCUUUAUUUUAUUGGACACAUUCUAGUCAGUUAUCAUGACAUAAAUUAACAGGUUAUCAUCUUUUACUUUUAGUCAUUUGAUAUUUGAUUUAUCUAACAUGAAAAAACUUGUCCAUAUUUAUAAAUGAAAUGUUAUUGUACUCAA